AACCAAAACAUUCAGUUGGGUUAUUCAUGACAAAAACAUAUUAUAUUUGUACACGUCAAUAGCUUGAAUAUAAAUUUCAACAAGUAUGAUGGAAAAUAAAGGAUGAGCACAUUAGAUUUUAAAAAGGAAUCGUGAAUUAAAAGAAGGGCUGACUUUAUGGACAUUUAAGAAAGUUAAAGAAGAAAUGGGGAGGAUAAGAUUUACACGUAUUUCGCAAAGGACUAAAAGUCUUUGGGCAAUUGCAUUACUGACACUAGUUAAUUUCACUUUGAUAAUAAGAAUGGUGGUUCGAAUGCCGGACAUGACGGUAAAAGAAAUUCCUAACGAAAAGAAACUAAGUGAGCAACCGUGUCCUCAGUCAGCCAUGUUGUCGUCAAAUCCUGUUGACAAUAGGAAUAAAGUUGGGAGCUAUCCACUGGGAGAUUCUUACAUAUAUCUUAGUAAACUCGGACUCCAGGAUUUCGAUCGUGUGUCAAGUUUCCUUGGUGAUCCGGUUGUCAUAACGGCCACGUCAUCCAAUCAUUUCUCAUACGCCGUGGACCUGGUUGAAAGGUUAAAAUCUAACAUGAAACCUAAACUGAAAAUUGUGGUGUAUGACAUUGGAAUGGCAGAAUAUCAAAAACAAAAGAUAUGCAAAGAUGGCGGAUGUGAAGUACGAAAGUUUCCAUUUGCGGAGUUUCCUACUUUCCUAGAAGAGAAAAUGCAGAUCAUUGCUUGGAAACCGGUCUUGAUCCAGUUGGCGCUUCAGAAGUUUGGUUUUGUUAUAUGGAUGGACUCGGCUGUUUAUUUACCUGACGGAAAUCUACAAGCUGGGAUAGAUAUUGCCCGGACUCACGGAAUAGCUGCCGGACACAAGAGGGUGACAUACCCGGAUAUUAACCUAGCAUUCGAAACUGACAACACUACGUUCGAAACACUUGGAGAAAAACCGUGUACAUUCCAGAAUAGUUUUAAAUUCAAUGCGGCACUUUUAUUCAUCAGAAAAAGUUCAAUAAUUUACAAAUAUGUCAUGAGACCAUGGGUCUCGUGUGCUUUAACUAAAAGAUGCAUCGCGGCUGACCGUGAACCUAGCAGUAAAUGUGUAAAUGCUGACAAGUUCGGAUACUGCCAUAGGUUUGACCAGUCUGUACUGAGUGUCAUACUAAACCGAUUGUUUCAUACAAAAUUAACAGAAAUCGAUCUGGGAAACAAUGUGACAUGGACCAAGUGUUACAGAAGGGAUAGCGUUGGUGUAUUUAAUGAGAUGGUAUUUACAGAAAACAAAAUCGAUGGAAUUCAGUGUCCGUAAAAGACAAAGGCUCUCCAAAUAAAAUUGAAUCAUUCAAUAUAGGGGUCAUUUUGCUCAGUAAAUGAAAUAAAUUAGAAUGAAGUGCAUACCGAUAAUCUUUAAGAUGUUAUUUAAAGUGCCGUUGAACCGUACUCUUUAUAUUACAUAUUAUAUAUUUAUAUUAGGUAUAGGUCGAAUCACAAGCAUACGGAAACGAGUUAUACGGAAAUGUGGCGUAUACGAUUUUGUUUUUUGGCAAAUACGUAUGUUUCACACUGAACAUACAUCUCAUUAUGUAAUUAUUAUCUGAUUUGGAUUUUUAUUAUUAAUUAGGCUGCUGCGACUGCAAGAAAUAAAUUUAUGUUUCGUUUUGUUCAGUUCUGUUCUGUCCACAUAGUUCAGUUUAGGCUUUCAUUUUUCAAGAAAAUGCAAUCAUGCAUGAUGGAAUUUUUAUUUAUAAACAUAUCGUCUGUUUCUCUACCUGCCAGAGUUAAGGAACUAACAAUGUAUAUAAAAAUGUCUUCAUUAGGGACAGAAGUUGAUCAUUACAUCAGCUAAUUCUUAGCACACAAUGUAUUACAUGCAACAGUUACAGUUACUGAUAUACUUAACAAUCUCUCCAUAUUAUGGCAAAACUUUACUUUUCAUGUCACUGACAUUAGACUUGUGAAUUUCUCAAAUAUUUUGUCAAAAGCAUACACAGAUUUAAACGAAAUGAAAUUACAAUAUUAUA